AUGUCAUCGACAUACGUCAAGUUCAGGAUAUGUCCUCACAAGCAUCCCGAUAGCCCGCAUGGAUACGGCACUGGUCAUUAUCACGAGAAGAUAGAUAUCGAGCACAAUUUUUGUAUGACGCAUGAUGCACUGGUCAAGCGUUUCAUGUCCACUAUGGCAGACAAGCACGAAGGAUUUACCGCUACCCAAGACCUGACAGUCGAGCUGCAUGAUCGACAUUCAGGAUGCGGCCCUGAGCUCAACGGCAGGGACAUUCGCAAUCGGUAUACGCACACCAAGAACGACAAGCGAGAACGUAUUGUCGUGCAUAAGACUGUGUUUGUCGACUUCCGGGUCGACGAUGGAUCGCGGCUUCCCUGGGAGCCUCUGCAUUCGCCUGACAACGAUUACAAAGACACAGCGCGUGGAUUAUACAGACUUCGACAAUUGGAGCACGUCACUAGCAAGGUUCCACAGAAGAGUUUGGGAGGCCGACGACAUGCUCCCGGUAAGUUUGCCGGUACUGGGCAAUCCGCUACCUCAGCUCGUAAGAGAGCGCAGGAAGGGCGUAAGGUGGCGCAGUCCAGCAAUGGCAGAAAGCGGCCGCUAGUCAGAGGCAGUGCUAGGGUUGCGCAAGCUUUGUCAGAUGAGGAGGACGAUGUUCAAGAUGACGAGGGGGAGAGACAAGAGCAACAAGAGCAGAAUGAAGACGACGUGGGAGAAGAGGAAAACGAAGAGGUGACUGGCUUCACAGAAAGAUACGAUCCUCUGGAGCUCGUCCGAGUUGGUCGUCAGGUCGAUCAAGACGACACGCCGACCAACGGAAUACCAAUGAAGGCGAUCAUCGUAGCUGCGAUCCGAGGAGAAGGAGAUGGUCGAGGGAUAGCAUUCCUUCUUGUCCAGACAUGGAAGCUCUGCAUGCCGCAGUGCAUUGGAGACUACAACAACGCCGAAGUCUUCCAAGCAGUGGAUGAUAUCCCCAAUUUCGAUGCUGACAAUCUGGACCAGUACUGGAAAGACAGAAUAACCGACGAAGAGGAAUUCUACCAGGUAGAUCGACUCGAGAGAGCCGUGCUUGAGUACUUGGACAACGAUUCCGAGGAACCUGUAGACGAUCAAGACAGCCUGGACUUGGAUCCGUCCGCUGCCACUCCAAUAAGCGCCCCUCUACGUCUUGCCCACAAAGACAAAGAGACCUUACACGAAGCCUAUGAUGACGAAGGAGACGAUCAGCCUGACGAUCUCGAACGUGACAUUGCUGCCGUGAUCACGUUCGCAAACACCGUGACGGACAGCGCCCUCGGCACUCCAACCAACCUCCAAGCUCUGCUAGACUGGGACGAAAGUCUCGAGACUUUCCGAGCCUACGUCUGCCAUGCAAUGAUCACGGAGAUGAAGAGUGGACGACUGAAGAACUUGCUUCGACAUAGGAACUUCCCGUGGUGGACGAUUUUUGAGAUCUGGGUCCUCCCGCAAUGGAGCAGAGAGCUCCUUCGCUGGGACCGGGAUGGCAAUAAUGUCCAGCUCAGAGCUUGUGAUUUCCUGGGUGCUCAGGUAGAGACAGCGUAUCCAGGCAGGAGAAUAUACGUCGAAAUCAGGAUCCUGGAACAUCCUGGUGCAGCCCUAAAGGAUAACGCCUGGGUCGCGCAUGGUCAUGCGUAUGCAGAGGACAGAUGUCCAACGUAUGGCUGGAAGAGGAGUAUAGGCGAUAGCGAAGAUGAGUUGGAUGACGAUGAGACUCCGAUGGGGAGGGUAUCUUCCUGA